GUGAUUUCUCCUUUCGGACUCCUUUGGCAAUCUAGACUUAUUGAAUAAUCGAGGAGUUUUUGCCAAAGCAAAAUGGCGUCGAUUUUGAAAUUCGUAGCCUUUAUGUGCGUGACAGUUAUUCUUCGAACGGAUGUGAAAGGUUUUAUUCUUUCCUUCAAUCCGGCCGACGUGGGCGCAUCCGGAAGUGGUCAGACCGGCGGCGGAAGUAACGGCGGAUUACCGUAUAACACUCCGAAUUUCGGGAAGGCCGCAAGUGGAUCACUUACCGGUAGCCAAAGCGGAAGUCAAGUGCCUGAAUUCCUUCUCUCAGCAAACGGUCAAACCGGCAGCAAUGUCGCCCAGUCAUCCGGAACGUUAUCCGGAACAUCCGGUCAAUUAACGUCCGGCCAAGCUAAUGCUUCAUUGUCUGGGACAGGUGGUCAAGCGUCAAGUUCGUCUACUGGAACUUCUGGACAGUCUUCCAGUGGUCAAUCAACUGGCACCCUAAAUGGGACUUCUGGUCAAUCCACAUCCGGGCAGUCAAGCGGAUCACUGGUCGGAACUAGCGGUCAGUCAACGACUGGUCAAGGUUCAGCGUCGCUAAUUGGAACUAGUGGCCAAUCCAUGACCGGUCAGUCAAACACAAGUCUUGCAGGAACAAGCGGUCAGUCAACAUCCGGGCAAUCAAGCGGGACACUGUCUGGGACCAACGGUCAAUCUACUUACGGCCAGGGAAGUUCCAGUCUAGCCGGUACAAAUGGACAAAAUAGCGGAACUUUAGCCGGUACGGGCGGUCAGUCGAUGACUGGUCAAUCAAGCGCAUCGCUUUCUGGCACAAACGGUCAAUCCACGAACGGUCAAGCUGGAUCAAGUCUGGCUGGUACUACCGGACAAAACAGCGGUAGCUUAGCAGCCACCGGGGGUCAAUCAAUGGCAGGUCAAUCAAGCGGAACAUUGAGCGGAACUAAUGGUCAAUCCACCAGUGGUCAAGCUGCUACAAGUCUUGUCGGAACCAGCGGACAAUCAAUGACCGGUCAGUCAAGCGGGACGUUGGGUGGAACUAACGGUCAAUCUACCAGUGGUCAAGCUAACACAAGUCUUGUCGGGACCAGUGGUCAAUCAAUGAACGGUCAGUCAAGCGGAACAUUAAGUGGAACUAACGGUCAAUCCACCAGUGGUCAAGCUGCUACAAGUCUUGUCGGAACCAGCGGUCAAUCAAUGACCGGUCAGUCAAGCGGGACGUUGAGUGGAACUUACGGUCAAUCUACCAGUGGUCAAGCUAACACAAGUCUAGUCGGGACCAGUGGUCAAUCAAUGACCGGUCAGUCAAGCGGAACAUUGAGUGGAACUAACGGUCAAUCUACCAGUGGUCAAGCUAACACAAGUCUUGUCGGGACCAGUGGUCAAUCAAUGACCGGUCAGUCAAGCGGAACAUUGAGUGGAACUAACGGUCAAUCUACCAGUGGUCAAGGAGGCACAAGCCUUGUUGGAACAGCUGGUCAGUCAAGCGGUACGCUGUCCGGAACAAAUGGUCAAUCUACCAGUGGUCAAGCUAACACAAGUCUUGCCGGUACAAACGGACAAAACAGUGGAACUUUAGUCGGGACGGGCGGUCAGUCGAUGACUGGUCAAUCAAGCGCAUCGCUUUCUGGUACAAACGGUCAAUCAACGAACGGUCAAUCGGGUUCAGGUCUAGCUGGUACUACCGGACAAAGUAGCGGUACAUUAGCGGGAACCAAUGGUCAGUCUAUGUCCGGUCAGUCAAGCGCAUCGCUUUCUGGUACAAACGGUCAAUCCACGAACGGUCAAACUGGUUCAAGUCUGGCUGGUACUGACGGACAAAAUAACGGGACCUUAGCAGGAACCAGUGGUCAAUCCAUGACUGGUCAAUCAAGCGCAUCCCUUUCAGGAACAAACGGUCAAUCCACGAACGGCCAAACUGGAUCAGAUCUUGCUGGAACAAAUGGUCAAAAUACUGGAACAUUAGCAGGAACCAGCGGUCAGUCUAUGACUGGUCAAUCGAGCGCAUCUCUUUCUGGUACUGGUGGGCAAAAUAAUGGAACGCUGGCCGGGACGUCUGGUCAGUCGAUGGCCGGUCAGUCAAGCGCCUCACUUUCCGGUACAAACGGUCAGUCGACGAACGGGCAAUCAGCUGCUUCACUUUCCGGGACGAACGGACAAGCGCCCGGAAAUAUGGCAGGUGGUCUGGUGGCCUGUCCGCAUUUCCCGCUCAAUUGUCCCUCGCAGUACGUGCUCAUGGACAGCAAUGGUUGCUUGAUCUGUACACUCCUCAACCAAAGUCAGCUAUCGGUAACCGCCCCAGUAUCGUCGAUGACGACGACCGGUCCAAUAGUUACCGGUACGACAAUGACAUCGUCGUCCAUCGUGACGUCAUCAUCAGGCUCCGCAAUGACGUCACAGACGUGUCCUCCUCGCCGCUGCGUGGCGCCUUGCAACAAAGGGGUCACAAUCGGAGCCGACGGAUGCCCUAUGUGCAUCUGCUAAAAAAAUAACAAAAGUGAAAUGGAACGAUUUAUUCACAAACGAAAAGCUAUUUCUGUGUUUAUACAUCGUUUUACUCAAUUGGAUAAAUACAGCUUCUUGAGAGUG